AUGGGUUCAUGUUGUUGUAAAAAGAAAGUGUGUACAAUGGAAGCUGAUAAAAUUCAAUCUAAAGAAAUAGCAACUGAUACAUUAAAAGUUAAUAAAAUGGAACCUAACGAAAUAGCAACCCGUACAAUGAUAAUUGAUAAGAUGAAAACUAAGGAAAGUACAACUGGUACAUUAAAAGUUGAUAAAAUGGAAAUUACGGAAAUGACAAUUGGCACACUGAAAAUUGCAGAUGUUGAAAGAUUCAAAAAUAAACAGUAUUAA